AUGAAAAAGAUAUUUGUUAUUGGUAUCACAGGUUCUAUUUGUUCAGGAAAGUCUCGACUGUGUAAAGCUCUUCAAAGUAAAGGAAUUAAAACAAUUGAUAGUGAUACUAUUGGACAUAAUGUUAUUCUCCAAGAAGAUGUUAAGAAAGAGAUUAAAGAAAGUUUUGGGGAAGGAGUAUUUAAUGAAGAAGGCCAAGUUGAUAGAAAAUUAUUGAGUGAUGUUGUUUUUACAAAUAAGAAACAACUCAAGAAGUUAAAUGAAAUUAUGUGGAGUUCAAUAGAAAAUAAAAUUAAAGAGCAGAUUCAACAAUUUGAAAUUCAAGGAGAAAAAAUUGUUGCAGUAGAAGCAGCACUACUCAUUCGUACAAAUUGGAUGAAUUGGAUGGAUAUGAUUUGGGUUACAACUGUCUCACCUGAAAUUGCCAUUGCUCGUAUGACAGCAGGAAGGGGUAUGACAAGGGAAGAAUGUAUAAAUAGAAUGAAAAACCAGCCAUCAUCAAGAGAAUAUGCAAGAUAUGCAGAUAUUCUUUUUGAUACCCGUUUUAAUAGAGGAACAUUAGAAAGAAUUUUUAAUAGAGAAAUUAAUGCUUUUUUAAUUGACUUUAAUGAAAAUAAAGUUUAA